AUGGCUGGCAAGAAGGGCAUCCACUUCGGCGGCGGCAACAUUGGUCGUGGCUUCGUUGCCGAGUUCCUGCACAACUCCGGCUAUGAGGUCGUCUUCAUCGAUGUCAUGGACUCAAUUAUCGAGUCUCUGCAGAAGACCAAGAGCUACACAGUGACGGAGAUUGGUUCUGACGGCGAGAAGAGCUUCACAAUCGACAAUUACCGCGCCAUCAACAGCAAGCAUGAGAUGGAGAAGGUCAUCGAGGAGAUCGCCACGGCUGACGUUGUCACCUGUGCUGUCGGCCCCAACAUCCUCAAGUUCAUCGCAGAGCCGAUUGCCAAGGGUAUUGCUGCUCGCAAGAAGAAAGAGCCAUUGGCGGUCAUUGCUUGUGAGAACGCCAUUGGUGCGACGGACACUCUCCGUGGCUUCAUCGAGCAGAAGAUGGAUGACUCAACCAAGGCCAACAUCAAGGAGAAGGCUCGUUACGCCAACUCGGCUAUUGACCGUAUCGUGCCAAUCCAGGACGCUGAUGCCGGCCUCAAUGUCAAGAUCGAGAAGUUCUUCGAAUGGUGCGUCGAGUCCGAGCCGUUCAAGCCCGCUUCCCCACCAGACAUCAAGGGCGUGCACUACGUCGAGGAUCUACAGCCGUACAUUGAGCGUAAGCUCUUCACCGUCAACACCGGCCACGCCACCGCUGCUUACUACGGCUACAAUCGUGGUAAGAAGUUCAUCCACGAUGUGCUCGAGGACAAAGAGCUCCACGAUAUCGUCCAGGAUACUCUCAAGGAGACUGCCCAUCUGAUCUGCACCAAGCACUCCCACAUCAGCAAGUCAGACCAAGAAGACUACGUCCAGAAGAUCGUCAGGCGUAUCUCCAACCCCGUGCUCAAAGACAACGUCGAGCGUGUCGGUCGUGCUCCCCUCCGCAAGCUCUCUCGCAAGGAGCGCUUCAUCGGGCCUGCCGCGCAUUUGGCCGAGUCGGGCGACAAGUACGAUCACCUCCUCGGCGGCAUCGAGAUGGCUUUCCGCUUCCAGAACGUGGAGGGCGAUGAGGAGUCGGCUGAGUUGGCCAAGAAGCUGAAGAGCAUGAGUGCCAAGGAGGCUACGCAGGACAUUACCGGUCUGGCGCCUGAGCACCCCCUGUUCAAGGACAUUGUCAAGGUUGUUGAGAAGGUGCAGGGUGGUUCGUGA